CUCUGUCAAAAGUAAUGAGUAAGACGUAAGAGCAAAUACUAUGGACUAUAGUCAAUAGUAUUUGGUUUUAGUUGUUUUAUAAGUAUAAAUAUAAAUAGAUUCUUACAAAUCUGAACCAUUAUUUAAACAUGUUUAAAUUAGAAAUGGAGUUAAAUCAAGGUUGUGAAGAUUCUACAAUUACAAAACAAAAUUUAUUAACAUCUAAUAAAGAUGAAGCUUCUCUAGAGAAACAUGUUAUUAAGUCAGAAUUCGAGGAAUGUAAGUUUGAAAGUAAUAACACAGAGAAGUCUCUAUCCGACGCGUAUUGUUCUAACAAUAUUAAAAUAGAAGAACAUAAAGUGUUAAACUGUGAAACAAGUGACCCAUCUGAAAAUUUUGCUAUCCAAGAAGUUAAGACAGAAAUUAAGAAAGAACUGGAGGAACAUACCUUAGGAGUAAACUCUGGGUGUGAAACUCAAUCUAACAGAACAACUACGGAAAAGAUAGACCCAAACAGAGAUGUAAAAUUGGAGAUGGGAGCUUCAACUGAGAUAGAUGAUGAAAAACAUUGUGACAGUAUGAAAACAUCCAAUUUAAUAACUAAAAUUAACAAAAAAAGAAAAUCAUCAAAUUUACACAAAGCGGCAGAAGCAUACAUAAAAGGACAAAAGCAGACUGCUCACAUAUUAAAUAAAUUAAUUGAUUCUGUGGCUAAGAUUGAGGCUGACAACAAAGAAAAAGAGCUUCAAUUGAAGGAACGGGAAUUAAAUGUGCGCUUACGAGAAGCUAAAAAAAUAUCUAGGGAAUUAGACUUAAGACAUAGAGAACUUAGAAUUAGGGAAUUAGAAUUAGGACUCUGAAUGUUGUAGAUGCACAAAGUGAUAUAGUUCGCGAUCCCAGGCCCAUGUUCACCAUUUAUUACUAACAAGCUAAUGAGUAGCUUCAUUUUGACGAGACGACUUUACUUUUGUCCUUACAACAAUUUUUGUUUCUGGCAGCUAACAGGGGCAGCAGGGGUGAAAUAUGUUGAUUUGACGAGUCUCAAUAAUUUAUUACUAACUGGGUUUUUUUCUGUUCAUUCUCAAGAUAAUUAUCUCAAUUAGCCGAAAAAAUAUUUGUCCUAUAAAAUGCAAGGUCUUAUCAAAGAGUCCCCCUUCCCAACAUUAAUUGGGAGUUUGUACCAUUAACGAGGCCAUGAAAAAUAAUCACUGACCAUCUGUAUUUUUUUGCUGUUGAUUAGUUAAUAUUUAUAUAAUUUAACACCCACAUUGUCCUACAAAUUGUGUAGGACGUAGGACAAUGUGACAUUAUCCUGGUCCUACGUUAAAAAGUUUUAGUAAAAUACCUGAUGUAAAAAUAAUUACUAUCAAGCUGAAUCUUCGUGAAUAGGUUCAUUUUGUUUUGACGUCCAACAAUUUCCUGUACGAAAAUUUUCGUUUGUUGUAGCUAUGGUCCUUCUAACAGGCAUUUUUCAGUGCGUCACAAGUGGCAGAAAAAAAGAUAAGUCCGUGAUAAUGCACAUUUAUAACAUUUAUUCUAACAUGACAUUUUAGUUAAAUCUGACAGUUGUCAGAAUCGUAAUCAGCCAAAUAUGAAAAGGGUAUUGCAGUACAGUAUAUAACCCUUUUAUUUGCAAUAUAUAUAACCCUUUUAUUUGCAGUUUGUAAAAACAAAUCAAUUGUGUUUAUUUAUGCAUUUAUAAAAUGGUAUUUUCUUUGAUUUGUAUAGUCUUAUAAAUUGUACAGAUUAUAGUCGUAUAUAUAAUUCGCCAAUCAUAUUUUGUUCGAUUAUAGCGCCGUCUAUGAACAACUAGAAUAAAUGUUAUAAAUGACUGUAAUCACGGACGUACUUUUUUCUUUCAUUUCCAACUUAAUGUGUUAGACAGAAUUCGAAAAACUGUGACGCACUGAAAGAUGCCUCUGAGAAAGAGUAUAACAGGGGUAGCAGGGAUGAAGUAUGUUAAUUUGACCAUUCUCAAAAAUUUAUUUCUCUCUCUCUCUCUCUCUCUCUCUCUCUCUCUCUCUCUCUCUCUCUUAUCCGUUAGUAAAUGCGUUAUAAAAUGUAUACGUUUUAAGGUAAAUAUAUACCUUUUAUAAAGGAUUUACUAUUUUUUGUAUUACAUGGUAUACAGCCAACUACAGGAAAACUUUUUCCUUGUGGAUUCUUUUUUAACUUAAAUGAAAAAAAACUACGGAAUUUCAUUUAUGUUUUACAUAGACCCCUGAAUUGUAUUAUGUUGCACUCUCACGCUCCGCUCAUGUUCCGACAAUAGGACAAUACGUAAUAGUACCUAUUCAAGUGAAAAAAUCUUAUUUGUAACACAGAUGAAGCACAGUAACAUGUGUUUCCAAUAAUUAGAUGGACCUGUCUCCACAACACAACAUUAAAAGAUACAGAUGUUAUUUAAGAGGCUGCAGAAGGGAACUACAUGUUCAUAAAUCAUGUAUGUUUUCUGAAAUCGUUUGCUGCAGUAGGUAUUCAUUAAUGUUUUAAAUACGCAAAUUUUCAAAUUAUUUAAAAAUGUCUUUAAAUAAAAAGCAUUAAAUACAAAAUCCACUAUGUUGAUACUUAGUUUAGAAAAUUGAUAGAUAUUAAAAAAAAUAGUACCCUUAUUUAAAGCGUGAUUUCAAAAUUUCAAAAAUUUCAAGUGAAUUUCAAAAUUUCACCUUACAUUAUUCAUAAUAGACCCUACAUAAUACACAUUUUUGAGAUGAGGUUGUUAAGCAGCUUCUAAAAAUAAAAAUAUACAGGGUGUUUAAUUAAAAUUAAAGAUAAUGGACUAUGCUAGACUUGAGUGAAUCACCCUGUAUAUUCAAAUUUAUGUUUAAAAUAGUCCAUAGUUGAAUUUAAAAGUUGACGUGUAAUAGCGUUUUUAUAAUUUUCUAAAAUAAUGACACAUGACAAAAACAAUUUUAUUCCAUAAGUGGUUUCCAUACAUUAUAAUUUUAAAUGAUCACCCUGUAUUAUUCAUAAAGACCAUAAAUUCAGAUUGUUAAGCAGCUUUUAAACAUAUAAAAAUAUACAGGGUGUUAAAAAAUAAAGCUUAUGGACUACGGUAGUCUUGCAUGAAUCACCCUGUACAUUUAAAUUUAUGUUUAAAAAGCAUUUUUAUAUAUGAAAAUCUACGAGUCUCAGCGUUUUUAAAAUUGAUUAAAACAAGGACAGAAAUAAUUUUAUUCCAUUAGUGCCUUCUUAUAUAUACAGAGUGUUUCAGAAAAAGGUAACACGAUCUUUAAGAUAGGUGAAAAACUGAAAAAUAAUUGGGGUUUGCUUAGAUAAAAUUUUUGUAACGGCAUGCGUUUUCACGAUACAGGGCGUUGAAGAACAAAAAGUUUUACACAUUUUUUUUCACUAUUUUUCCGAAACUACUGGCAACAUCGUAUAUUAUUCAGUUUUUAUUAAAAAAGAUCAAAUAGAAGAAUGCAUGAGAAGAACAAUAAAGGAUGAAGCCAAAAAUGUAUGUAAAGAUGGGGCCAAGCAGGGAAAAUGUAAAUGUAAAAUUAGUAAUAAAAGAUUAUUAUUCUAAGUUUUGGACAUAUUUCAUGUCAUGGGACAUGAAAUUACGAUUGGCAGGGAUAACCAGACACAUGAACUAAAAAGAAGAAUCGUUCUUGGGUGGGCAGCAUUUGGAAAACUGAGAGAAACUUUUAAGAGUGAGUUGCCCAUAUGCCUAAAGAGAAAGGUAUUUGAUCAGUGCGUCCUCCCAGUCUUGACGUACGGAUCAGAAACACUUACCUUACCUAAAGCCUUGGCUACCAAACUAAGAGUACCGCAGAGAAGAAUGGAGCGGUCAAUGUUAGGAAUAACUCUACGAGACAAAAUCAAACGAAGAAAUCAGGAGAAGAACAAAGGUGACUGACGUCAUCAAAAGGAUAGCUAACUUGAAGUGGAGAUGGGCAGGACACAUAGCGAGAAUGACACAUGGGCGAUGGACAAAAAGGUUAUUGGAAUGGAGGCCAAGAGAAGACAAGAGAAGCGCCGGUUGACCGCCUACAAGAUGGACAGACGACAUAAGAAAGCUAAAUAAAAACUGGAUGAGAGCGGCGCAGGAUAGACGUGGUUGGAAACGAGGGGAGGAGGCCUAUGUUCAGCAGUGGACUUUUGAGGCUGGAUGAUAAUUGUAAGUGUUUAUUAUUACCUCAAAUGCGAUUAAAAUAAUAUCAAAGUUCUUUUACCGGGCUUCCGGUACUUUUCGUAA